ACCAGAUGCUAGAUAAACGGACACGUUUGUCUUCGCUAACACGGGGAAUAAUUAUUUUCUGACGGGAGCCACUCGACUCGGAACGGAGAUGCAGGAACGUUUUUGCUGCUCACGGGAAGUGCGCGAUAUGCGACGGACCAACCCGCGGAGCUGCGAGCUAUUGAUCUCCGGAUCGGCCUCAGGUUACUAGGGAAACGUCGUUUCCAGAAAUGGCGAGAGGCCGCUGGCUUGGUCUGUUCCUGCUGCCGUUCCUGUGUCUAAUCGUAUUGACGAGGAGUGAAGAGGACGAGAAUUCUGAGGAUAUCAGGUGCAAGUGUAUUUGUCCACCAUACAAAGAAAAUGCAGGCCAUAUCUAUAACAAAAAUGUAACACAGAAAGAUUGUGACUGCCUACAUGUUGUAAUACCGAUGCCAGUUGCUGGACAAGAUGUUGAAGCUUAUUGUUUAAGAUGUGAGUGCAGAUAUGAAGAAAGAAGCUCUGUUACAAUUAAGGUAACGAUUGUUAUUUAUUUGUCUAUCCUGGGCUUGCUGCUACUUUACAUGAUUUAUCUGACGUUGAUGGAACCCUUGCUGAAAAAACGAUUGUUCCAUUCAAGGCCACUGCAGAAUGAAGAAGAUUUUGGGGAUACACAGCCAUUUGCCAAUGCCCACGAUGUGCUGUCCCGUUCUCGGUCACGUAGCAAUGUUUUGAAUAAAGUUGAACAUGCACAACAGCGCUGGAAGAGACAGGUUCAAGAACAGAGGAAGUCUGUUUUCGAUCGUCAUGUUGUUCUCAGCUAAAAACACUGCCUUUUAAAGAUUUUGCAGGAAAACUCAGUGGACCUACAGAUCAGAUCUCUUCAAGAUUUCACCUGCUGAGAGAAUUACUUUAGCUUUGAUACGUUGAUGUAAAUUAUUUGGUACAUGUGUAAUAAUCAUACUUGUGUUUGAUAAUACCUUGCAAUUGGGAUUUUCAUUUGCGUUUGGAGAGUUUACCCUAACUUUUGCCCAUCAAUAAAUUUAUGGUAUAGUUGUGGAACAAGUUGUACAAGAUAAUGUCGUUAACAUUAAUUAUAAACUAAUUAUAAAAAUGUAGCUAAAAUUAAUAUUUUCAAUGCUUUAAUUAUGUGGUUCAGUUACAAAAAAUUUUGGAAGUUACUGUACAUAGGAUAUUGAUCUGCUAUAAAAUUAGCAACCUUAAUAAUGAUUACAGGAUGCCUGUAAAACAAAAUAAUUUCUUUGUAAAAGUCUAAGCACUCCCUGUCAUAAAGGAAGUGCCUAAGAUAUUUGUUGACA